CGCGGGGGAGGCCGCGGCGCGAACAUGGCGGCCGAGAUCCACUCCAGGCCGCAGAGCAGCCGCCCGGUGCUGCUGAGCAAGAUCGAGGGCCACCAGGACGCCGUCACGGCCGCGCUGCUCAUCCCCAAGGAGGAUGGCGUGAUCACCGCUAGCGAGGACAGAACCAUCCGAGUAUGGCUGAAAAGAGACAGUGGCCAGUACUGGCCCAGCAUCUACCACACGAUGGCCUCUCCCUGCUCUACUAUGGCUUAUCACCACGACAGCAGACGGAUAUUUGUGGGCCAGGAUAAUGGGGCUAUAAUGGAAUUUCACGUUUCUGAAGAUUUUAAUAAAAUGAAUUUUAUCAAGACCUAUCCAGCCCACCAGAACCGAGUGUCCGCCAUCAUCUUCAGCUUGGCCGCCGAGUGGGUGAUCAGCACAGGCCACGACAAGUGUGUGAGCUGGAUGUGCACGCGCAGUGGGAACAUGCUCGGCCGGCACUUCUUCGCAUCCUGGGCUUCCUGCUUGCAGUAUGACCUGGAUACUCAGCAUGCCUUUGUUGGCGAUUACUCGGGACAGAUCACCCUGCUGAAGCUGGAGCAGAAUGCCUGUUCAGUGAUCACAACCCUCAAGGGACAUGAAGGUAGUAUCGCCUGCCUUUGGUGGGACCCCAUUCAGCGGUUACUCUUCUCAGGAGCAUCUGACAACAGCAUCAUCAUGUGGGACAUCGGGGGACGGAAAGGCCGAACACUUCUCCUUCAGGGCCACCACGACAGGGUGCAGUCACUGUGCUACCUGCAGCUCGCGAGGCAGCUUGUCUCCUGCUCCUCGGAUGGUGGAAUCGCAGUGUGGAACAUGGACGUUAGCAGGGAAGAGGCUCCCCAGUGGUUGGAAAGUGACUCCUGUCAGAAGUGUGAGCAACCCUUCUUCUGGAAUAUAAAGCAGAUGUGGGACACGAAGACACUGGGGCUGAGACAGCAUCACUGCAGGAAGUGCGGGAAAGCCGUCUGUGGGAGGUGCAGCAGCAAGCGCUCCAGCUACCCGGUCAUGGGCUUCGAGUUCCAGGUCCGCGUCUGUGAUUCCUGUUACGACUCCAUCAAAGACGAAGAUCGGACUUCUCUAGCAACAUUUCAUGAAGGAAAACACAACAUCUCCCAUAUGUCCAUGGACAUUGCAAGGGGGCUAAUGGUGACCUGUGGGACAGAUCGUGUGGUUAAGAUAUGGGAUAUGACUCCGGUGGUGGGCUGCAGCCUGGCAACGGGAUUCUCUCCACACUGAUGCUGAAGCUGAGUGAUGUCUGCUCCACCUUGCACACUCACAGUGACCUCCUCAAACAGAACCCUUCAUGUAGCUCGACAGCCACUGUCAUGUAAAUGGACAGUUACCACCUAAAAAACAAAUCAAUAUUUUUAAAAAGAAAAAAAUAUAUAUUUAAGUGUGUUUUGGGGUAUUUGUGGAAAUUAUCUGUGGGGAAUAACACCUGAAGGGUCGUCCUUAGUGGUCCCCUAAGGAAUAGAAUUUCCUCAGCACAGCUGCCUCACGAACAUCGCACCAGUGGGGAAGGGGAAGUAAUCCAGCAAAUGAAGGUUUUAGGGGGAAAAUUUUAACAAAAAGAUUAAUGCGUACUUAAACGCAAACCUGUGAGCACACAAGUAGUCUCCUGAGAGGGUCCUUGGAAGCCCCUGAGGGCACUCUGCUGUCCAAGCAGAAGUUGGAGGAAGGGCUUUCUGUCUUCCUUCCGGGGGAGUUGAUAGGGUGUAAGAAGCUCCAGCUUCCUCCUUCCAGGCUGGCCAUAUGUGAGUGUUCUCCACAGUGAGUUGCUGAUGAGCCUCUUGAAGGUACCUGUUCCCGUCAGGUCGAGCCAUGAUCUGCUCUUGGCUGUGGCUCGCUGCAGUUGUUUCUCAUGUGUAUGUCCUUACAGGUGACAUACAACAAGACAGCCCACAUUUGUCCUCUCUCCCACACCUGCUCUGUGGACAAAGCUUUUUUAUGGUGCUGUUGUACAAGCCUCCUGACAUUUUUUUUUUCUUUAUAGCUAGUCAUGACCCAUGGCAAACCCAGCUCCCCCAGCAUGGUGGUGAUGGACGCCAUCAGC